AUGCUUGGGACGAUGCUGAUAGAUGGUCCAGAGGGCAUCCCACUUUCCCCGGCCGAGCACAUGCUCACCACGCCCGAAAUCUUCUACCUAUCUUCGCUCUUUGUCUCGCAAGGCGUCACCAAAAUUCGACUCACGGGUGGCGAGCCCACGGUGCGCCGCGACAUCGUCCCGUUGAUGCAGCAAAUUGGCAGUCUUCGCACCAAUGGCUUGCGCGAACUCGCCCUCACUACAAAUGGCAUUGCGCUACAUAGGAAAUUGGAUGCCAUGGUCGAAUCAGGUCUGACGGCCGUCAACCUCAGCUUGGACACCUUGGACCCCUUCCAGUUCCAGAUUAUGACACGGCGAAACGGCUUUGAUGCUGUCAUGAAGUCGAUCAACCGCAUACUCGAGAUGAACAAGCUGGGCGCGAACGUGAAGCUGAAGGUCAACUGUGUCGUCAUGCGCGGGCUCAAUGAGCGCGAAAUCAUACCCUUCGUAGAGAUGGGCCGCGAGAAGGACAUUGAAGUGCGCUUUAUUGAAUACAUGCCGUUUGGCGGAAAUAAGUGGAGCCAGGGCAAGAUGAUCAGUUUCCAGGAAAUGCUCGACAUCAUACGCGCAAAAUACCCCAACCUCAGACGACUACCUGGCCAUAAGAACGAUACAAGCAAGACAUUCGAGGUGCCUGGUUUUGUAGGCAAGGUCGGCUUCAUCACGAGCAUGACCAAUGACUUUUGCGGAUCCUGUAACCGGCUACGCAUAACGAGCGACGGCAAUCUCAAGGUCUGUCUGCACGGCAAUGCCGAAGUCUCUCUUAGAGACGUCCUCCGGCAGGGCAAUGAUGGCAAGCCUAUCGACCAGGAAGCCUUCGAGCGCAUUAAGCAGCUCGAAAUGGACCGUCACGAGGGUCGACUGAGCGAUGAGACCAUUCUAGGCUGGGGCCAGCGCGAACGCGAACUACUCGAUGUUGUUGGGGCUGCCGUCAAGCGCAAAGCCGAAAAGCACGCUGACAUGGGCGAUCUCGAAAACAUGACAAAUCGGCCUAUGAUCUUAAUUGGUGGGUGA